AAGCACCAGCAGCUGCAGUGAGAUUAAUGGACAGUGUCUUUGUCCAAUCACAAACUCCUGAUUCUCUCUCAGCCAAUCGUGUGGCAGCAGGCGGGACCCAGAGAGCGUCUGAACUGCUUGUGUAGCUGCUAGUUAGCUUAGCCAUGCUGCUGAGCGAUGACAUGCAUUGAUGCAGAAAUGCUAUUCCAACGGGGCACGGCGUCUCGUCAGCUAGGCUAGCGUCUUGGAGUGGGGAAAAAAGAAAAAAAAAACCUGGCUGCUUAGCUAGGAUUCUGGAUGCCGCUUCUGUGCAUCUUUGGCUGCUGUGUGUAACCCUUUAACAUAUUUCCACAAGGACAUAAGAAGAGGUGGCCGUCAGGAAUCAGGUCAGCAGAAUUGUCAGAGCCCUUGAAGUUCUCAGCUUUGAUGCAGUACAGCGUUCCUAGUGCAAGAUGACGGAAGAGGUGAUUGUCAUCGCCAAAUUUGACUACAUGGCCCAGCAGGACCAGGAGCUGGACAUCAAGAAAAACGAGCGUCUCUGGCUUCUCGAUGACUCAAAGUCCUGGUGGAGGGUUCGAAAUGCCACCAACAAAACAGGCUUUGUGCCGUCCAACUAUGUGGAAAGGAAAAACAGUGCCAGGAAAGCAUCUAUAGUCAAGAAUCUCAAAGACACACUAGGAAUUGGGAAAGUGAAGAGCAGAAAGGGAGGUAUGAGAGAUCCAGCCCCUAAUGCUGACCCAGAUAUGAAUGCAGAUAACGGAGAGAGGCUGUAUGACCUCAACCUUCCCGCCCUGGUCAAGUUCAGCUACACAGCAGAGCGUGAGGAUGAGCUGUCUCUGGUGAAGGGAACACGUGUGGUGGUGAUGGAGAAGUGCAGCGACGGCUGGUGGCGCGGUAGCUACAGCGGACGGUCAGGUUGGUUUCCGUCCAACUAUGUGACGGAGGACGUGGAUGGGACGGCGGGGGGAGGGGGUAUGGGCGGACUCGACCCUGCCGGAUCGCUGACAGAGAAACUGGCUGCGGUGGUGAACAUCACAGCGAACGGAAACAGAGUGCUGCACACAGUUCAGGCGCUCUACCCGUUCAACUCAGGCAACGACGAGGAACUGAACUUUGAGAAGGGCGAAGUAAUGGAGGUGGUGGAGAAGCCCGAGAAUGACCCGGAGUGGUGGAAGUGCCGCAAAGCGGAUGGACAGCUGGGCUUGGUGCCCAAGAACUACGUCACUGUGCUGGACUCCACCUCCCAUAAACCGCAAGCGGGGCUCGCUGGGCCGCCCACACCCGAGUGCGACUACAUCUUGCCAUCAGGCAGCGGGCGCUUUGCGGGGAAGGAGUGGUACUACGGAAAGGUGACGCGCCAUCAGGCAGAGGUGGCGCUCAAUCAAAGAGGCACAGAGGGAGACUUCCUCAUCCGAGACAGCGAGUCAUCGCCAAACGACUUUUCCAUCUCCCUGAAGGCGCAGAGCAAGAACAAGCAUUUCAAAGUGCAGCUGAAGGACAACCUUUACUGCAUCGGACAGCGCAAGUUCAACUCUAUGGAAGAGCUUGUUGAACACUACAAAAAGGCUCCCAUCUUCACCAGUGAGCAGGGAGACAAACUGUACCUGAUUAAAGCCCUGGCUGCUUCCUGAUCCAUCUGUCUCACACAGUGAUGCACGCACACACACACACCUCUACACAUUAUUUUCAUCAACAUAUAAUACAGAUACUUACACGAGAACACACACUAACAUUUCAGCUCCAAGCCUGAAGACUUAACACAUCAUCAGGACUUAAAUGAUAUGUGAUUUGUCACAGAUUUGUGAGCAUUCCAAGAGGAGGUGUGGGGUAAAAAGCAUGGGAGAGACAUUGAGGAGGGAGACGGCAAGAAGGUGGACUCCUGAGAGUAACUACAGACCUCUUGGUUGCCUAUUUUAAAUUAUCCAGAUGUGCUAGGUCAUAGGCAAUGCCAUGGUUAUUUCCACCUUGAUAUCUAUUGCAUUUAGUUUUCUUUUUCUUUUUUGUUGUUGUUGAUGUUGUUGAUAAUAUAUAAUCUUUUUAACGGUUUCUUUUAAAAAUGUGAUUUUUUUUUUUUAACUUUACACAUUAUACAACCAACACCUGACUGAGGCAUUUUCUUUCAGAUGUUAGCGAACUCGAGAGCC